CAUCAGCUCGCCAGCUAGCGACCGCUGUCAGACAGGCGGAGGAGGAGAAAGGCCAUCCCUCGCAACUGAGCGCUGCAGAAGCCGGUAUCUAAGGCCGCUGCAAUUGCUUUUGUCUCCCUGUCUCUCUCGCUCUCUUUGCUACUUUCAUUUGCUGUCUGCUGCCGCGUCCUUCGGUGUCAUCGGCUGCUUGUCGGUUGCCGGUCUACCGCCUUCGCUGUUGUCGCAUCGCUGUCGUCGUCUAUUCCCUGUUUGCGCUGCUGUCGCUAGCGACGGCAGUAACGAACCGUGGCAAAAACAGCGAAAGCAUUGCCAGUUGAUGUCCUGCGGGCCUCCGCAGAGAAGUACUUCCCCGCAGUUAAGAGACAACUAUCGGCUGUGGCGCUCUGCGGCUCGGUGUAGCAGCGUAAUCAACAAGCGAUUCGACCACUUGCCCGAUCCCGCAGCCGUAUAGCUCACAUCGUGAGGACGACAGCGGCAGCCGUGGCGGUGGCGGGGCGGCAGCGUUGAUCGCACACAGCCAGUACACGCAAACAGAGACACAGCAUUAGCAGCAGCAUUCGGCAGCAGCGGCUGCUGCCUGGAGUGGAUCAGUGGUGACGGUGGUCAUCUCGUCUUGUCGUCGUAGUACAUGAGGAGGCAGGCAGACAGCCAGAAAGAGUUGUUCUUGUAGGAGAGCAACAGUUUCUUUGUAGUAUUGUACUAUAAUAUUACGGCCAGUAGUCGUAGUACUAGCAGUGAAAACUGUAUACUCACGUACUGUUACAGUAGUGUGUAGGUGACAGGGAUUGUGGGACACGCCGCACCGAUUAGUGGGCUUGUUGCCAGCAACAACGCUGCCGUUCGGUGUCUGAGGACACACGAAACGCGUAACGAGAAAUUGUUGCGUCGAAUCAAUACAAGAGUCGUUGCCGCAGCGUCGAAGCUACUGGCUACAGGACACGACAGCCAGCUUGCAGAGGUGGUGUAUCUCCUAUAGCAACAGAGUGCAUAUAGCAGGCAAAGCAAGGGCUAAUCGCCACUGCAAUCGAUUACCAGCGACGAUCAGGUGCCAGUCAAUAGUAGCAACGAUGAAUUGCUAUCGCGAACAACAGCAGCAGCAGCAGCAGCAGCAACAACCGCCAAUGGGCGGCAUGGCCGGCGAUAACGCCCGUGGACGAGUGCUCUUCAACAAGGCCCAUAGUGUUUGGAUGGGCGAUGUCGAACCCUUUAUGACGGAGGAAUUCCUCCGGAAACAGUUCACCGAACUAGGCUUAAACGUGGUUAACGUGCGAAUUAUGCAUUCAAAUAAAUUUCAAGAUCAGAAUAUAACCUAUGCCUUCAUUGAGCUCGAUGAUGAGCGCACAGCGAUAAGAACUGUCCAGCGGUAUAACGACAAGCCGCUGCCUGGAGAUUCACGGAGAAAGUUUCGUCUGAAUUUCACCUGUCAGUCACAGAUCAAGCAAGCACAAGAUGAAAAUGGACUUUUCGUCGGCGAACUGAGUCCGGACGUCGAUGAUCUCGCACUGUACUCGACCUUUCAAGAGAGAUAUCCCAGCGUCAAAUGGGCUAAGGUCAUCAAGGACCACAGUGGUAUGAGCAAAGGCUUUGGUUUCGUUAAGUUUAAUCAUGACGAAGAGUACGCCAAAGCGUUACAAGAGAUGAAUGGCUUUCAAGGCCUUGGAGCGAAUCCUAUCCGGGUAUCACAAGCUACACCAAAGGAACGCAAAAAUAACCAACAACACGGCGGUGGCGGGGGUGGCCAGUGGGGUGGAGGCGGUGGCCCGUCACAUCAUCCAAACCCGAUGGUCGCGCAGCAUCAUCAGCAUAUGCAAUACUUCAAUCAGGCCACAGCCGGCUUUCAGUCACCGGCCGACUACUACAGUUACUACUAUCCUCAGGCUGCUGCCGCUGCUGCCAGCGGCCCGGCAGGACUUCCUGGAUACUAUGCGGCAGCCCAGCUCCAGCAGCAUUACUACGAUCAGCAAUUUCGUCAGCGUCAGGACACAGCCAGGGACGACUCUCGCGCGGCAACCGCUGAACUUGAAGAUCAGGGCGAGGAAAUGUAUGCCGCUCUUCAGGGCCGCAUAAUCAGCGCUGACCUCAUGAGCGAUCUGGAGGCUGCUCGAUAUAGCGAGAUGCCCCUCAUCGUUAAGUAGUCCCAAGCACAAAUCCCAAGCAAGCAAAUCAACUAUAGAAGAAGAGCGAGGAGGCGAAGGGCGAAAGAAGAAUCAAUAUUCGAAAGCCUCCAGAGAUGAAAACGUCUGAAGGUGGAUAGCGUAAAACGCAAAAUAUAUACAUAACGAGAUACUGCAUUAUUACUAGGGUAUACCGCAACCACUAAUAUGAGUAGUGUUGUGGUCUCUCUGUAAUAUUUCAUCAUCGGAUGCAGGUUCCGUUAACGAACUGCAGCAACAUCGGAGACGUCAAUAAUAACAAACAACCCACAAAGAAAUUGUCAUGUUAUUUUUUCGUGUUACCAUCAUUAACUGAGCUACUAGAUGUGUAUGAAAUACAACAAGAAACUCCAUAUGAUAUAUAUAUAUAUAUAUAAUGAGUGUGAGAUGGCAACAAUAUAUGCAUAUGUAUCCUAUUUUACGUGUGAACACAGGCAGGAUGGGUAAGUGGUCUAUUGGUGGGAAGCCGAAAUGUUUUUCAGCGACGAACCAAAUUGACUAGUAGCUUCUGAAAUAACGAAGGGUGUGCUAACUCGAAAGGAGCGGAAAAUCAUCACAAGGAACCACGUGCCUGCAAGUAGAUUAUUUUCCCUAAACUUACCAAUACCGUGAACGAUGAAGUUCAAACUUAAAAUCGCUCAGAGAUUCUUCCUUGCCAGUACACAGGACGCGCGUGGUCUUGAUAGGUGUACAGAUGAAAAAGAAAGUAAGAGUUAAAAAAAUUAAAACGGAAAAGCACAAACGCGAAUGUUUGCCACUAAACUGAGUCGAAAUCAUCAGUGGGGAGUUAUCGGUGCUUCAUCAAAACUUUAAGGUUUACCAUGGCGAUUACUGAUUAUUGGCAAAAUGAAAACGAACUCGUGAAAUUUGCGUGCUGGGUUUGUUAGAACUGAUAAUAUGGAUGUAACCUGACAAGAUUGUUGGAUUAAAACCCAGAGGUUAUGCUUGACAAAGUGGCGGGUGCUGACAUUCAGUGCUGAUACUUGGAUGAUAACGAUAUCUAAUAGCGCAACAAA